GGGAAGCCGGGGGAGCCGCGGGCGGGGCCGCAGCUCACGGCGCUGCGCGGGGGCCGGGGCGGCCGCCGGCGCCCUCCCCCGCCGCUCGCUCCGCUCCUCUCCGCGCCCGCUCCGCGCCCAGCCGCGCCGCUCCUCUCCGCCCUCCGCCGCGCCGGCUCCGGCUCCGGCGGCAGCCCCAGCCCCCGCCCCCGGCCCGGCCCCGCUCGGCUCGGCUCGGCUCGGCUCGGCUCGGCUCGGCUGGCAGCAGCGCGGAGGCUCCGCCGCGCCCGCCGCCGCCGCCGCACCAUGCCGGGGCCCCGCGGGCUCUGCCUGCUCGCCCUGCUGCUGGGCAGCCCCGCGGCCCCGCGCCCAGACAGCGGAUCGGGGGCAGCGCUGGUCCCCGCCAGCCCGGACCCGCUGGCUGCGGAUGAGCUGAUGGAGAAGCCGGCCAGCAGAGCCGGGGAGCUCGGACACGCCACCGCCCUCAACCUGCUGCCACCCGCCCAGGACGGCACCGACCCGGCGGCGGAGGAGACAACGAUGCUGGUGCAGAGCCACGUCCUGCCAACCCCCACCGCCGCCCCUGAUGCUGAUGACAAACAAACUUUCCCUGUUAAGAAAAAGCCACCUACUCUAAAGCAAGUAAAUACAGCAAGGAAGCACCCGAGGCCCAAGCCCGCCCUGCCAGGGCCACCCCGGGCUGCCUCCCCAGCCACCCCGUUGGGCUCUGGGCUCCCCACCGCCUCCCAAGAGCCGCCGGUGCCGGCAGAGGCAGCGGCUGGGGUGGGGGAUGCGGAGCAGAGCCCCCCUGAGCUGCCCUGGGGGAGUCGGGCCACCACCAGCCGCCCCGUGCUGCAGAUCUCCCCAUCCACCCUGCCACCGGUGGUCCCUCGGCCCUUCCCCGACGGCACGGACGGUGCCGGCGAGGCUCCGACCGCCGCUCCCGCCGCCGCCGCCGUUAACCGGACGAGUAUGGUGGAGAGCGAGCCGCACGGCUCCGUGUGGGAAGAGAGCCAAGAAACCACCACGUCCACCAUCAUCACCACCACCGUCACAACCACGGAGCCCACCCCGGUCCUCUGCAGCAUGAGCUUCCACGACCCCGAGGGCUACAUCGACUCCACAGACUACCCCCCGCUGCCCCUGCACAGCUUCCUGGAGUGCACCUACAAUGUCACCGUCUACACGGGCUACGGCGUCGAGCUCCAGGUGAAGAGCGUGAACCUGUCGGACGGGGAGGUGCUCUCCAUCCGUGGGGUGGACGGCGAUGCCCUGGUGGUCCUGGCCAACCAGACCCUGCUGGUGGAGGGCCAGGUGAUCCGCAGCCCCACCAACACCAUCUCCGUCUACUUCCGCACCUUCCAGGAUGAGGUGGUGGGGACCUUCCAGCUCCACUACCAGGUGUUUAUGCUGAGCUGCAACUUUCCCCGGAGACCUGAUUUCGGAGACGUCACCGUGAUGGAUUUGCACUCGGGUGGAAUUGCUCAUUUUCACUGUCACCUGGGCUACGAGCUGCAGGGUCCCAGGGUGCUUACCUGCAUCAACGCAUCGAGGCCGCACUGGAGCAGCCCGGAGCCAAUCUGCUCAGCGCCCUGCGGUGGGACGGUCCACAAUGCCACCAUCGGCCGCGUCCUCUCCCCCAGCUACACGGGGAACCAGUCCAGCAGCAUGUACUGCGUGUGGGCGAUCGGGGCCCCCCCGGGCCAGAAGCUGCACCUGCACUUCGAGAAGCUCCUGUUGACAGAGAAGGACAGGAUGGUGGUGUACAGCGGGGACACGAACCAGUCCGCCGUCCUCUACGACUCGCUGCGUGCCGACAGCGUGCCCUUCGAAGGGGUGAUCAGCGACGGCUCCUCCAUCAGGAUCGAGUUCCUCGCGGAGGAGCCGGCGGCUGCCACGGCUUUCAACAUACGCUUCGAAGCCUUCGAGAGGGGCCACUGCUACGAGCCCUACAUCCAGAACGGGAACUUCACCACCUCCGACCCCACCUACAACCUGGGCACCACCGUGGAGUUCACGUGCGACCCCGGGCACUCCCUGGAGCAGGGCCCCGCCGUCAUCGAGUGCGUCAACAUGCGGGACCCGUACUGGAACGACACGGAGCCGCUGUGCCGAGCCAUGUGUGGGGGGGAGCUGACUGCCGUGGCUGGGGUGAUCCUGUCCCCAAACUGGCCGGAGCCCUACGCGGAAGGGGAGGACUGCAUCUGGAGGGUCCAUGUCGGCGAGGAAAAGCGGCUUUUCCUGGACAUCCAGCUCCUGAACCUCACCAACAGCGACAUCCUCACCAUUUAUGAUGGGGACGAGCUCACCGCCCGCAUCCUGGGGCAGUACGUCGGCAGCAGCGGUCCCCAGAAGCUCUACUCCUCCAGCCCCGACCUCACCAUCCAGUUCCACUCAGAUCCUGCCGGGCUCAUCUUUGGGAAGGGGCAAGGAUUCAUCAUGAACUACAUAGAGGUGUCCCGCAACGACUCCUGCUCCGACCUGCCCGAGAUCCAGAACGGCUGGAAGACCACGUCGCACACGGAGCUGGUGAGAGGGGCCAAGAUCACCUACCAGUGCGACCCGGGCUACGAUAUCGUGGGGAGCGACACCCUCACCUGCCAGUGGGACCUCAGCUGGAGCAGCGACCCCCCCUUCUGCGAAAAGAUUAUGUACUGCACGGACCCGGGGGAGGUGGAGCACUCGACCCGCCUCAUCUCUGACCCGGUGCUGCUGGUGGGGACCACCAUCCAGUACACCUGCAACCCCGGCUUCGUGCUGGAGGGCAGCUCGCUGCUGACCUGCUACAGCCGCGAGACGGGGACGCCCAUCUGGACCUCGCGGCUCCCACACUGCGUCUCCGAGGAGUCGCUGGCCUGCGAUAACCCAGGACUGCCAGAAAACGGCUACCAAAUACUUUAUAAGCGCCUCUACUUGCCAGGAGAGUCCCUGACGUUCAUGUGCUAUGAGGGCUUUGAGCUCAUGGGGGAAGUUACCAUCAAAUGCAUCCUGGGCCAGCCGUCCCACUGGAGCGGACCCCUGCCCAUCUGCAAAGUGAAUCAAGACAGCUUUGAACAUGCUCUGGAAGUAGCAGAAGCUGCUGCAGAGACAUCGCUCGAGGGGGGAAAUAUGGCCUUAGCCAUAUUCAUCCCGGUGCUGAUCAUCUCCCUGCUGCUGGGAGGAGCCUACAUCUAUCUCACAAGGUGUCGGUACUACUCCAGCCUCCGCCUGCCCCUCAUGUACUCCCACCCCUACAGCCAGAUCACGGUAGAAACGGAGUUCGACAACCCAAUUUAUGAGACAGGGGAAACGAGAGAAUACGAAGUUUCGAUAUAAGGACAGCGGUAAGAGAGUCUCCGGCUGCGAACUUAAUGUGCUCUCAUAGAACUUCCUCAGUAACUAAUCCAGAGACCACGUGGAGUUUGGUUGGACCCCUGGACCUGCUGUUGUCUUUCCUUUUGCCUCUUUAUUGAAGAUUUUACUGUUUUCUUCACUGUAUUUAUUCUAUUUAAACUGCGAUAGGUGUGCUGCGGAGCCCCGGGCGCAGGCAGCAGCGGGAGCUGGGGCAGAGCUGGGUCCCGGCGAGGGCCGGGAUGACGUGGGGGUACCCGCUGUGUCCCCCGCCCCCGCGCGGUGGCACAUCCCCCAGCACUGCCCACGCACACGCAGGGGGAUUUUUGCGGUUUCUGAUGUUGUUAAAAAUUAAAAAUGUCUCCAUUGCAAGAGCCUGCAGUUGAUUGCUGGGAGCUGAGGUAGGCGCAGGGUUUGCCGCAGGGUCCUGCCCUCCCCAUCCCGCAGCUCCCGGUUCCCCUCGCCCCCAGUGGGAGCCGCAGCUGGGGGCUCAGGGUCUUGUGUGCCAUGGGUGCAGGGACAGUCCUCGCUGCGGGGAAGCGGACUGUGGCUCAGGAAAGCUGCCGGCCGGUGCGGAGCCCCGCUGGCCGUGCCCGGGGAGCAGGGGACAGCCCGGCACGCACCAGGUACAUCCCGCUUUCUUUUCCCGCUUUGCUUUGGAUGCAGGAGAGGCAGCAAACCAGGACUUGCAGCUUUACGGAGAAGCAUUAACCAGCGACCCCCCCCCACCCCACCCCAGCCUGGGAGCCGUGGGAAGCCUCCCUGGGCACAGGGAGCGGAGCGGCCGGCAUCCCUUUGCUCACACCAGUCAUUCCUCUUUCAUAACUUACCGUCACCCUUGCCAGGAAAACCCCGGUCCCGCUAAUGGCCGGAGGUCACCCCUUUUCCCCCCCCGGUAGCAUCUCAGGGUAAGCAGGACGGACUGGGCUCCCUGCCACCGCUCCCGCCAGCUGCCGAGAUCCCCUUGGCCGCAGGAGGGUCCAGCACCCGCCCCGGUGUGCGGGCAGCCGUGCCGGCACAGCACCGGGCAGGGAUGGGGGCAUCGCAGCCCUGCCCAGACCCCCCCGCGUCUGCAGCUCCCACCCAAACCCCCCCGGGGCUGGCACCUUGCUGGGCAGGGCACGGACAAGGGGAUGAAGGUGGAGGUGUACUGGGGAAGGAAAGGCAAGUAGACAGCGUGGCCGGGCUCCAGCGUGGGAGACCAGCCCGGGGGGGAGCAAAACAGGCAGAAAUCAGCCCAUCAAAGCUGGUCCCACCCCGAGCGAAACCCAGUUCGAGCCUCAGCAUCCCCUGCGCGCCUUCGCUGCCUUCACCUCUGCCAGAGCCGGACACUGGCGGGGCUGGUCCCACUCUGUGGGGACACAGACCCCCAAAAGGGCCAUCUUCUCCUCCGCGCUGCCACCCCUCCAGCCAGGCUCUGGGGGCGGCGGGGAGAGAGAAGCCGCCGACGUGUCCUUGGCUGCUGGUGUCUUUCUUUUGUCCUUGUAGAACUGCAAUUGUAACCACGGGAGGCUGGUUUAGUUUCGGGAUGGUUAGUGCAUCUCUGCAGUGUACAGCUGAGACUUAGUUUUUUUCCUUUAAAAACAAUGAAUGUGUGUUUGUAAUUUGUAAAGGUUAAAAAAAAAAAAAAAAAAAGAAAAAAAAUGUGCCAAAAAUGUACUAAGCAUUUCAUUUCCCUUCAUACAUGUCUGUUUUUAUAAGAACAA